AUGGAAAUCCAUGAGGAGCAUACAGGCCUUUUUGCAGCUGAGCCAUUAGGCCCAAAGGAACCAGAGAAAGGAAGUAAGACUAGUGAGCAACCUAUACACGAUGCCUUAGUUCAACAGCCAGCAAAAACCGAGACUUUAGAAACAACAGAAUCACACGGCAAAGAAGAAGAAAAAAUGCUCCCAACCCUGGCAGGACAGACCUUAGAUGCCAGUCCACAGAAGAAAGAAGACAGGAAUUCUAUAAAAGCAGAUUUUGAUUUCACUGGAGAGCCACAUCUACAUAAGGAACCGAAAGAUUUGUCAACAGAGCUGCACAAAGAAAGUAAAACAGAUGAAAAGGCUCCAGAGGCCCAGAAACCUGCUGCUGAAGCACAACCCUUCAGGUCUAGAGAUGGCCAGUUUGAUGCUAUAAAAAGUGACUUUACCUCUCAUGAAAGCAUAGGUUGUUUCUCAUCUUCAGAAUUUACAGUGGGCCAAAAAAGCACAGUUAAAACUGUGUUUUCUUCUGAAACUUUGCCAGUUACUCUACAUAAAUCUGAGCCACAUGGUAGUAGAAACAUGAUGCAAAUAUCUACUGCUUCAGAGAUUGCCAAAGAUAGAAAAAUUGACAAAGAGCAAGCAAAAAAACAUGAAGAAGAAUUUGAAGUAUUGACUUCUCAUGCCUCAAAACAAAUUACAGUGCAGACGCCCACCCAGAAUGUUCCUCUUUGGGAGGAAGAGAAAGAUAUGACAGAGGAUGAAAGCGACGAGGAGGGGUACUCCAUUUCCAGUGGACAAAAGCCCAAGAUAUUAGAUGAUCAUUUUUUAAAAGCUCAUGGCCAACAAACAACUGCUUUAGGUAAAGAAGUAGAAGGAGCUGAUUCUAAAAAGCCAUCUGGUACUCUCAAAGCAGAAGAAGAGUUGGAGAAAACAGAGGUUUCAUCAACAUGGGAUAUUAAAAAAGAGGAAAAGCAUGGCACAGAGAGUUCUACAGAAAGACUCAGCCAAGAAUUACUUCCUGAAAAAGUAAAUGAGCCUUUAGAUAAAGCUGUAUUGUCUGCAGCAAUAGAGAAACCCACUGCUGAACCCAGCAAAGAAUCUCUGCAAGGAAAGGAUGGGAAAGGGGAAGUGUUCUCAGUUGCAGAUUCAGAAGCUCACAAAAUGCAGAUAGAGGAGGAUAAAUCAGGAAUGUCUACAUAUUUUGAGACUUCCACCCUUAAAGAUGAAGCUUUCAAGAGUGACAUCCUACAGCAAGGCAAUGAUUACUAUGAACUGAGUGAUACUAAAGAGGAGACCUACGACCCUUACCAUAAAGAUUUCAUCAUAUCUAAGAAAGACACUGAGCAAUUUCAGCCAGAGGCAUAUCAACACACCAGCAUACCUGCUCAUGAAAUGGGAUACAGCACCCUUGCCCAGGGCUUCCCAGAUGAUUCUGAGGAACCUAGUUCCCCUACAGAAAGAAUGUACACCAUUGACCCAAACGUAUAUGGGGAUAAGAGAGAACUCCACAGUAAAAAUAAAGAUGACUUAACUCUAAGCAGGAGCUUGGGGCUUGGUGGGAGAUCUGCCAUAGAGCAGAGGAGUAUGUCAAUUAAUCUGCCCAUGUCCUGCUUGGACUCUAUAGCACUGGGGUUUAACUUUGGGCGGACACAUGACCUUUCACCACUAGGUUCAGAUAUUAUGGAUAAUGCUAGUGGCGAUGAAGGUGAUGAUUAUUUGCCAGCCACUACUCCAGCAGUAGAAAAGUCUCCCUCCUUCCCAUCAGUGAGCAGGGAAGAAGAUGAGAAAACUGAAGAGUCCAAAGUAAAACAAGGAGGAGAGAUCCAAGUGGAGCCUUUGUGUGAGUCACCCUUCCUGGCUAAAGAUUAUUACAAAAACGGGACUGUAAUGGUGCCUGAUUUACCUGAAAUGUUGGACUUAGCAGGCACAAGGUCAAGAGAAUCAUCUGUGAGUGCAGAUGCUGAGGUAGUCCACAGGAAGUCUGUUCCUUCAGAAGCAGUUGUAGAAGACAGUGGAGUGGCCCAGCUCCUCAUGGCCGACGAGAACCAUAUGACUCUAAAAGCUGACAGUCAACUAGAAGAUUUAGGUUACUGUGUUUUCAAUAAGUACACGGUGCCAAUGCCAUCUCCAGUACAGGACAAUGAGAAUUUGACAGGGGAAAGCUGUCCCUUUGAUGAAAAAAUUAGAAGAGGUGUCGUUGCAGACCUUUCUUUGAUAGAAGUGAAGUUGGCAGCAGCUGAGAGAGCCAAAGAAGAAAGAGAGGCCUCUGGGGAAUCAGCAGUUUUAGGCAAAGAAUUUGAGCAGGAGAGAAAAGCUAUUGAUAAACUAGAUACUGUGCUAGAAAAAAGCGAGGAACAAAGUGACUCUAAAGACGUUUGUUCCCAUGAGGACACUGAACAUGAAAAAGCAAAGCCUGCUCCAACUUUAGAAAAUGCAGGUGAUAAACAUAUAGUUGGACUGGAAGAGAAAGGUUCUUCAUUAUCUGAGAAAGAAAAAAAAGCUGUUCACAUUGCUGAAGAGACAGGCAAGGCAGAAAUUUCCUAUAAACCAGACUAUGAUGCUAUAAAGCAUGAGAUGGAUUCUGCUGCUCGGCAAGUUGAGCAAGAAAACCAGACUAAGUUAGGUGUUCAUGUCACUGAGCCUGUUACAGAGCAAGGCACAGAUGAGGGUCAAGAAAAGACCCUCUCAACAUUGCCCCAAGAUUCUGCAAAAGCAGAACCUGCUCAAAUGAAAGAUGCCAAUAAACUGUCUGAAACUGAAGUUAAGGAGAAAGGAGCGAAGCCUGACCUGGUUCACCAAGAAGCAGUAGAUAAAGAAGAAUCAUAUGAGUCAAGUGGUGAUAAUGACCAAGCACAAGAGGGCUUGCCUGUAGAAACUUUAAAGCCAUAUGAUGACAAAUUAGAACUAGAAAGCCCUUCUUUGUUGGAAGAGGAGAUGGCAUCACAAUUGACAGUGGAACAACCAGUUACAGAAAGAGGUGCAUAUAAAGCUACCAAAGACGAAACAACUGAAAUUCAAAUGGAGAACAUAUCACAGCCUAAGGAAGAUAAUGUGGAAUCUGUAGGAUUGGAAGGCUCUGUAAAAACUGAGGCAUUGCAGGAAGAAGAAGAACAAGAGAAGGAGAGUAAGCAAGCAGAAGAACAAGAGGAAGAGAUCAAACAAGCAGAAGAACAAGAGGAAGAGAGUAAGCAAAAAGAAGAAUAUGAGGAAGAGAGUAAACUAGAGCAAGCAGAAGAAAUUAAGCAAGAACAGCAGAAGGAAAAGAUCAUGCAGGAAGAUGAGGAAGAGAGUAGACAAGAAGAAGAAAAGAGGAAGCAAGAGGAAGAGAUUAAGAAAGAAGAGAUUGAGCAGAAAGAAGGAGAGAUGAGGCAAAGAAGCAAAGAAAGGGACUUUGAGAUACCUGGUGAAGAGCUUAAGGUGUGUGAAGCUGUCCCUGGGCAAAUGCCUGAACUCAAAGGAGUAAUAGAGUCUGUGGUUACAAUUGAGGAUGACUUCAUCACAAUAGUGCAGACCACAGUCGAUGAGGGAGAAACCAGCUCCCACAGUGUGCGCUUUGCAGAAGCACCACCGGCUGAUACAGAAGAAGAAAGCGUCCAUCCUGAAGUGGAGGUGGAGGUGGUGACUGAUGUCGAAGCAGAGACAAAAGAAAGCUCUCUGGAAGCUCCUGGCUCCCCUGAACAAGAAGAAAUCCCAUUGACUGAUUACAAGACAGAGACGUAUGAUGACUAUAAAGAUGAAACAACCAUCGAUGACUCCAUCCUGGACACAGACAGCAUAUGGGUGGAUACUCAAGGUGUGCCUUAUCCUUUUUUCAUUUUUUUGUUUCUGAAAUUAUUCAUUAAUAAUUAAUAAUUAAUAAUAAUUAAUAUUACCACAUUCAGGAAUAUUGUUAAAAUAAUGACAAUAGGAAAUAAUCUGAUUUUUAAAAAUGAAAUCCCACUGAAGCACUAUUAACAUUUUACUAAUUCUGUUUUUGUUGUUGUUGUUGUUGUUGUUAUAAUUUACUCUGAUCCUGCAGAUGAUGAUAGGAGCAUCAUGACGGAACAGUUAGAGACUGUUCCUAAAGAGGAGAAGGCAGAGAGAGAAUUGCGGAGACCGUCUCUUGAUAAACAUAAAAAAGAGAAACCUUUAAAAACUGGGAGAGGCAGGAUUUCUACUCCUGAAAGAAAAAUAGCUAAAAAGGAACCUAGCACUGUCUCCAGAGAUGAAGUGAGAAGGAAAAAAGGUUCAUGUAAUACUAUCUUUUUCCUAUAAUGCCAUACUGUGAGUUGUUCACCUGUUUUAUAGGAGUAUUUUAGCAGUACUGUUACACAUUUAAUCAAGAAUAUUCAUUUGUGUUAACAGCAAGGCAUUCAGUCUACAUUGCUUCCAGCCACUCCAGUUUAGGCUGAUGAUUUCUUUCUUUUAUGGAGUAGGAAAACAUCCUGUAUGAGAAUUCAGCUCUAGAAUAAUAGAAUCAUAGGGUUGGAAGAGACCACAAGGGCCAUCGAGUCCAACCGCCUGCCAAGCAGGAAACACCAUCAGAGCACUCCUGACAUAUGGUUUUCAAGCCUCUGCUUAAAGACCUCCAAAGAAGGAGACUCCGCCACACUCCUCUGCUUACUUGGAUUCAUUAAUACCAAAUAAAUAACACUAGCAUGAAGUCACGUAUGUACCAUGACUUUGCUAGUGCUCUGGGUAGCCAUGUGGCAAUCUUUCCAUCUGCUUAGUUGCCGAAUCUAGUAUGUAAAAUAUCCCACUAUUAUUCCCCAUGUGCAAGAGGCAGAGAAUUGUCAGUGGGCACCAGUCAGGGGCGCGGGUGGCGCUGUGGUCUAAACCAUUGAACCUCUUGGGCUUGCCGAUCAGAAGGUCGGCGGUUCGAAUCCCCGCGACGGGGUGAGCUUCCAUUGCUUGUUCUCAGCUCCUGCCCACAUAGCAGUUCGAAAGCAUGUCAAAGUGAAAGUAGAUAAAUAGGUACCGCUCCGGCGGGAAGCUAAACGGCGUUUCCGUGGGCUGCUCUAGUUCGCCAGAAGCGGCUUAGUCAUGCUGGCCACAUGACCCGGAAAAACUGCGGACAAAUGUCGGCUCCCUCGGCCAGUAAAGCGAGAUGAGUGCAGCAACCCCAGAGUCAUCCAUGACUGGACCUAGCGGUCAGGGAUCCCUUUACCUUUUACCAGUCAGAUCUGUGGCUCCACUGGGUUUUGAGCCCUGGUUAAUGUCCAGCAUUUUGUCCAAGCCAAAGUGAGGCCUAGAUCCUGCAGAUCUGUCACUUAACAAAAAAAAAAACCUCCAUUGUUUGCACCAGUGGAACAUAGCACAUACCCUUCCAGACAUAGCCUUGGAAGCUGCCCAGUACAAUUGCAAUGCUACAUGGCAGGAGUGUGCAGGCUGGAGUGGGAAUAUGCCCUCAUUCUAUGCAGUUUGUACAGAAGGUGCCUGGCUUGCACGGUCAGAGUGUGGUGACAGGUAAAGUGACACUUGCUACCCAAUGAAGGGCCAGUUGUUGCCUGCAACAACUACGUGUCAUCUCUGGGCCUUGGUAGGCUCACAUUCUAACUGAAGGUCUAAAACAUGGUACCAACAGCCAAAAUGUCAUGUUGAAAUAUAUUUCGGUUUCUUGGUUUUUUUUAUUUCUGAUUGUAUGCUCUUGUUUUCUUGUCUAUAGCUGUAUAUAAGAAAGCUGAACUUUCUAAAAAAGCUGAAGUUCAGGCUCACUCUCCCUCCAGGAAAAUCAUUUUAAAACCUGCUAUCAAACAUACUAGACCAACUCAUCUCUCCUGUGUUAAGCGGAAGCAGACAGGUGAUUGUGCUGUCUUGAAUUUAUGCAACGUGGCUGGCAAACAUAGACAUUACUAUUACUAUUGUUAUUAUUAUUAUUUGUAA